UCCACCCAUCAGCUGUUUUUGUUUUGCUGCUGUGUGGACAUUGGAAGUUAAUAACAUAAUAACAACAGUGUCGACUGUUUAAAGCGAAAGAGUCCAUUUAGGAGGUGCUAUUGUUAAUCCUUCAUCUUGAUCAGAUUUGGGAUCAAUCUUUCGGUGUGCUAUGUGUGUCUUUUGAGCCAGUCUGCCCGGACAGUCCUCUCCCCUGAAGAGUGUGAGCGUGGCGCUUGGAGUCGGGGAGCAGAGGAGGGGAAGCGGGUUCCGGCGGGGAUCGACCCGAGCCCUAGGCCUCCGACCUCGGCCGGCGAGAGGAGAGGGACGUUAGCGACUCAGAUGGAGUCCGAGGAAGCACCGGACGGUCCCGCAGUGCGCCGAGGCUUCAUCUGUGCCUCGUUUAACCAGGACACCACCUCUCUGUCAGUGGGCACCAAAACUGGAUACCGGCUCUUCUCAGUGACUGCUGUGGACAAACUGGACUGCAUCCAUGAGGGAGGUAAGGAGGACACUCUGCCUCAUCUGUUCGAGUGUCCAGAUGUGUACAUCGUGGAGCGUUUGUUCUCCAGCAGUCUGGUGGUGGUGGUCAGUCUGUCCAUGCCUCGGAGAAUGAAUGUCUACCACUUUAAGAAAGGCACAGAGAUUUGUAACUACAGCUACUCCAACAACAUCCUCUCUGUCAGGCUCAACAGACAGCGGCUGGUGGUGUGCCUAGAGGAGUCGAUCUACAUUCACAAUAUAAAAGACAUGAAACUACUUAAGACCCUGCUCAACACACCCACAAACCCCUCAGGUCUUUGUGCUCUCUCUGUAAACCACAGUAACUCAUUCCUGGCGUACCCUGGUAGUGCCACCAUCGGGGAGAUCACUGUCUAUGAUGCUAACAACCUGACCACUCUGACACUGAUCCAGGCCCAUGACAGCCCCCUGGCAGCCCUCACUUUUAACUCCUCCGGUACCAAACUGGCCAGUGCUUCAGAGAAGGGCACUGUUAUUAGAGUCUUCAGCGUGCCUGAAGGACAGAAGUUGUUUGAAUUCCGCCGAGGGAUGAAAAGAUAUGUCAGCAUCAGUUCAUUGUCCUUCAGCGCCGACGCCCAGUUCCUGUGUGCCUCCAGCAACACUGAGACGGUUCAUAUCUUUAAACUGGAGCAGCACAGUCCCAGUCAAGAGGAGGAGUCUCCUACGUGGUCGGCCUAUGUGGGAAAAAUGUUCACAGCAGCCAGCACCUACCUGCCUGCCCAGGUGUCUGACAUGAUGCACCAGGACCGAGCCUUCGCCACUGUACGACUCAACAUGUUUGGCCUGAAGAACAUCUGUGCCCUUGCUACGAUUCAGAAGCUCCCUCGUCUGCUGGUGGCAUCCUCAGACGGGUUUCUUUACAUUUAUAAUGUGGAUCCACAGGAUGGAGGAGAAUGUGUGCUCGUGCAAAAACACAGGUUGUUUGACUCCAGUGAGGAGCAGGUGGAAGAGAGUGAAGAAGAGAAACAGGAAGAUGUACCUCCCCAACCAGCCAGCCAAUCAUACGCUGCCACUGUAGCUCUCCCUUCGACUCCUCCCUCUUCCACCACUCUCAUGGGUUACUCUGAGGAUGGUGGAGCCCAGAAAGGUGAGCUCAUCCCAGAACACGAGUUUGCUGAGGGCCCCGUGUGUCUAGACGACGAGAAUGAAUUCCCACCAGUUGGCAACUAGAGUAACUGACCAAACCCUGCUUUCU